AUGGCUGAAGACCGUAACCAAAGACCUCUUAAAGAGUUUGCUCAACCAUCUAAUGAGGAGCCCAGUUCCAGUAUCGUAAACCCCGCUAUAACAACCAACAAUUUCGAACUUCAGCCCUCAUUACUUCAACUGGCUCAACAAAACCAAUUCGCUGGUAUCGCUACAGAGAACCCGAAUCAACACCUAAAAGUGUUUAUCCAGUUAGCCGACACCGUUAAGGCAAAUGGAGCCACACCUGAAGCCAUCCGCUUAAGAUUGUUUCCUUUUUCCCUUAGAGGUAAAGCCCAUGACUGGUUAGACGCCCUUCCAGCCAACUCAAUAACAAUUUGGGAAGACCUUAGGAGAGCCUUUCUUGCCAGAUAUUUCCCACCUAGUAAGACCGCUGUCCUUAGGAACCUGAUCACCAGCUUCACUCAAAACCAUGGCGAAUCACUUUUUGAUGCCUGGGAAAGAUAUAAAGAAAUUUUGAGAGCCUGUUCGCACCAUGGCCUAGAGAAAUUGUUAAUCAUACACACCUUUUAUAAUGGACUCCAUUACAACACGAAAAUGUCUAUUGACGCUGCCGCUGGAGGAGCGUUAAUGAACAAUCCUUAUCCUGACGCUUGUGCCCUGAUAGAGGACAUGGCCCAAAACCACGCCCAAUGGGGAAUAGAACGAGCAACGGUAGAGAAAAAGGAGAGCCAUGGAGGAAAGCAUGAGAUAAGUUGCAUGUACAUGAUGAAUGCUAAGAUGGACGCUCUGGCCUUGAAAGUCGAAAACAUGUCUCAAAACCAUACCACAGUGGCAGCAAUCCAAUCGGAGUGCGAGCUCUGUGGAAUUCAAGGACAUCAAACCGUUGAUUGUAAACUUUUGAAUGAUUCUGGCUCAGACCAAGUUAACUAUACCCAAGGAAAUCCUUUCUCGAACACAUACAAUCCUGGAUGGAGGAAUCACCCGAAUUUCUCCAACAAGAACAACAAUCCCAUCCAAAAUUCCGGAUCUUCGAGACUCCAAGGAUUCCAAACACAAAAACAAAACCAACCUAUGCAAGUUGUGCCACCAGGACCGAACCUUAAAGAAACCAUACACACCUUUAUCCAGAGUCAAACUCAUCAAAAUAAGGAGUUUAUGAACCAACACAUUCACACAAGCGAAUUAGUUACUCAACUAGCAACCAAGUUUAACCAGAUGAUGACCCACACCAAAAUGCUUGAAACCCAGAUUUCACAAGUAGCUCAAACUACCUCUGCACAAGUUGUACCUGGAGGACAAUUCCCUGGACAAACCCAACCUAAUCCAAAAGGGACAGCAAAUUCCAUAACCCUAAGAAGUGGAACCGCUUAUGAAGGACCAAAAAAUCCUAACCUAAGCUCGUCGGAAAAAUAUAAGGAAGAUGUUGAACCAAAAGGCCAGGUAGAAGAACCAUAG